AUUUAUAUUUCCCGCGUUGGCGAAUUGAAACAUACGGUUUAGUGUACCAUCUGAAAAGUCAUGAAAAUUUCGUGACCUGUAGAAAUUGCAUGGAGAACAGCACAGUUCAGACAAGCGGCAGAACAGUGUGAUCCGUCGCCAUUUUGUUUAUUUUCGCGUAAAAGAGAUUUAAGAGAUCACCUAAGCAGAUCGUUUUAUCUUUGUCCGUGAAUAGAUCAGCUGAAUGCAUUAGUAGUUACGUUAGAAAGUUGAACGGAUUAUACGGACAGAAAGAAAUUAUUUGUAUAGGGGAUUAUUGGCAGUUUGGAGAAAGUACCUAAGAUCAAAACUUUAAAAAUCCAAAGUUUGGUAAGGAGUACGCAAUUCUUACGAUUAUAAACGUGCCGGUACCGCGGUGCGGAAUACGUUUCUCGGAUCGGUUGAGAAAAAGUGAGGGAAUAAAAAGUGAAAAGUGUAAACGAGAUAUAGGUGCUACAAAGAGUGAGAAACGAAAGUCGUGACGACAAGAAGAAAAACAACGUAAGAAUUACGAAGGAUAUCAUCCAAGGGUGAAAUAUAUGGUCUGGGCGUCCCCCCCAAAAACAGGGGCAUUUGAUAGCCGCAGAAAUUGGGCGCAUCGCAAGCAAAUAUCAAUCGUCAUCUUGUGGUGAAACGACGUCCCUAUCAAGUCGUUUUAGUGACGGUAUUUCGGUCGUAAUUGGAAUCGAGCAACUACUGCAACAGAAUUUUCUUGAACCAAAAUUUUCCCUCUUUAGUGAAAGUAAUCAGUAAAUUGACCAACACCAGUCGAUUGUUCUUAGAAAUUCUUUUGCGAUUGCAUCAAUUAAAUUAACUUGAAGUAACCUCGACGGCGGAAGCCGCCUCCGAGGUUCCCGGCACAAUCAAAACGACCAUCAAUAUCGGCAUUGCAAUGAACCACGUUAACGAUCAGGAAAACCUUAAACAGCUCAACCUGGCACCAGUUCAGGUUAAUGAAGUCGAAGAAAUGGAUACACAAGAAGGAGAAACACCAAAUGAUGGUGGAGGAGAUGGGAACGAUACAAGUCCUAUGAAUGGAGAAUCAGAAUUAGCUUGUAUUGUUCAAGAUCAGGAAAUGGAAGAAGACGAAGCAAGGUCAGAAGCUACCUUUCGCUAUACAGUAGAAAACCUUUCGAAAAUGAAAGAAACACAAUUGUCUCCUCCAUGCUAUGUACGCAAUUUGCCAUGGAAAAUAAUGGUAAUGCCAAGGACAAGCCAAACUCAAGAUAGAACUCCUCAAAAGUCACUUGGUUUUUUUCUGCAAUGUAAUGGAGAAAGUGAAUCAACAUGGAGUUGUUACGCAGUUGCAGAUCUUCGAUUACUUUCUUGCAAGGAAGGACAAGAACCAUUUAACAGAAGAAUUCAGCAUCUAUUCUAUAGUAAAGAAAACGAUUGGGGUUUCAGUCAUUUUAUGACGUGGCAGGAUGUCCUGGAUCCUGAUAAAGGCUACAUCAAAGAUGAUUCUAUUACACUUGAGGUUCAUGUAAUGGCAGAUGCUCCACAUGGUGUCAGUUGGGAUAGCAAAAAGCAUACAGGAUUUGUAGGAUUAAAAAAUCAAGGUGCUACAUGUUACAUGAAUUCCUUGCUUCAAACUUUGUAUUUUACUAAUCAGUUGCGCAAAGCAGUCUACAAAAUGCCGACAGAAAGUGAUGAUUCUAGCAAGAGCGUUGCUUUAGCUUUACAAAGGGUUUUUCAUGAAUUACAAUUCUCCGAUAAACCAGUUGGUACAAAAAAAUUAACUAAAAGUUUUGGUUGGGAAACACUGGAUUCUUUCAUGCAACACGAUGUACAAGAAUUUUUACGAGUGCUUUUAGAUAAAUUGGAAAGUAAAAUGAAAGGAACAUGUGUUGAAGGUACAGUGCCAAAAUUAUUUGAAGGAAAAAUGGUGUCGUUUAUAAAAUGCAAAAACAUCGAUUACAAGUCAACUAGAGUCGAAACUUUCUAUGAUAUACAAUUAAAUAUAAAAGGCAAGAAAAAUAUUUAUGAGUCCUUUAAUGACUAUGUAAGUACUGAAAGUCUGGAUGGUGAUAAUAAAUAUGAUGCGGGAGAACAUGGAUUGCAAGAGGCAGAAAAAGGUGUUAUCUUUUCAUCGUUUCCACCAGUUUUACAUUUACAUUUAAUGAGAUUUCAAUAUGAUCCAGUUACAGAUUGUUCUGUCAAAUUUAACGAUAGGUUUGAAUUUUAUGAAAAAAUAAGUCUUGGCAAAUAUUUACAAAAUAAAGAAUCAACAAGUGCAGAUUAUACAUUGCAUGCAGUCUUAGUUCAUAGUGGAGAUAAUCAUGGUGGACAUUACGUUGUGUUUAUUAACCCAGCUGGCGAUGGAAAAUGGUGCAAAUUCGAUGAUGAUGUCGUAUCAAGAUGUACAAAACAGGAAGCCAUUGAACAUAACUACGGUGGCCAAGAUGAGGAUAUGUCUAUAGCUGUGAAACAUUGUACAAACGCCUACAUGUUGGUGUAUAUAAGGGACUCUGAGUUGGAAAACGUAUUGCAAGACGUUAAGGAAGAGGAUAUACCUCAAGAGCUGGUGGAGAGGCUGCAAGAGGAGAAGAGGCUGGAACAAAUACGAAGAAAGGAAAGAACAGAAGCAUACUUGUAUAUAACCGUCAACGUCCUUCUUGAGGAUAAUUUUGACGGUCACCAAGGAAAUGACUUAUAUGAUCCGGAGCAUGCUUUGUAUCGUGUAUUUCGCGUACGUAAGCAGUGUGCCUUGCACGAGUUUCUCAAAUUGCUGAGUGAUAGCUUGAAAUAUCCAAUAGAACAAAUUCGUUUGUGGCCACUGAAUAUACGUUCAAAUCAGACUUGUAGGCCAAUGCCAAUUGAAUUAGAAACCGAUCUUCCAAAAUCUAUUUAUCAAUGUGCAGAAAAUCCAAACGUUUGGAAUGUAUUCGUUGAACUUGUUCCUCCAGAUUCUGAUCUAACAGCAUUGCCGGCUUUUGAUAAAGACACAGACGUUUUGUUGUUUUUUAAGUUAUAUGAUCCCAAGAACAAAAAGAUACACUACUGUGGACAUCAUUAUAUGCCUGUCACAGCUAAAGUCCAGGACCUAAUACCAAUUUUAAAUGAAAGAGCUGGAUUUCCACCAGAUACUGAACUAGCUCUUUACGAAGAGAUCAAACCUAACUUGGUUGAAAAGAUAGACAGCUUAACGGAGCCAUUAGAAAAAGUCCUUGAAGAAUUAAUGGAUGGUGAUAUUAUCGUUUUUCAGAAAGAAGGGGACCAUCAGUUAUAUGAACUUCCAACGUGUAGAGAAUAUUUCAAGGACUUAUUUCAUAGAGUAGAUGUAACAUUUUGUGAUAAAACGAUUCCUAAUGAUCCGGGUUUCACAAUGGAACUUUCAUUAAGAAUGACGUAUGAUCAGAUGGCAAGAGCUGUGGCGCAAAGGCUUGGUACAGAUCCAUAUCUUUUGCAGUUCUUUAAAUGCCAAAGUUACAAAGAUUCACCUGGACAUCCAUUAAAAUGUACAUUUGAAGGUUCACUUAAAGAUUUGGUUACAUAUUGCAAACCGAAGACAAAAAAAUUAUAUUAUCAGCAACUUAGUAUUAGAGUAAAUGAGCUUGAAAAUAAAAAACAGUUUAAAUGCAUAUGGGUUGGUCCGUCUCUUAAAGAAGAGAAGGAAAUUAUUCUUUACCCUAAUAAGAAUGGAACAGUAGCCACAUUGCUCGAAGAAGCUAAGAAACAAAUUGAGCUAUCAGAGAAUGGGUCUGGAAAGUUAAGGAUAUUAGAAAUAAAUUGUAGUAAAGUUUCACCCGGUCCAAGAGAGGAUGUACUUUUAGAUAACUUAAAUACAUCUGGUACGAAAUUAUACAGAAUAGAAGAGAUUCCAAAUGAUGAAUUAAAUUUAGCAGAAGAUGAAAUGUUGGUUCCUGUUGCACAUUUUCACAAAGAUGUUUUCUCAACGUUUGGCAUACCUUUUUUCUUUAAAAUUAAACAUGGUGAACCUUUCCCAAAGAUGAAGGAAAGAUUGUUGAAGAAAUUAGGGGUACAGGAAAAAGAAUUCGAAAAGUUUAAGUUCGCGGUGGUAACAAUGGGAAAACCACAUUUUAUUAUGGAUUCACCAGAAUAUUGCAUGGAUCUCGCAGAUUUUCGAAUUCACCCAAGUCAGAUUUAUCCACUUUUAAACGCAGGCACAUCGCCACAUAGGCCUUGGCUUGGCCUAGAACAUGUCAACAAAGCGCCAAAGCGCUCACGAAUCAACUACCUCGAAAAGGCUAUUAAAAUUUACAACUAAAUUUUCAUCAUACGAAGAAAAAUAAAAUUAGGCAGCCACUUAUAUAAUUUACACGAUUCUAUAGUAAACAGAAAAGCUAUGUUUUACAUGCGAUGGUUGGAUAAUGUAUUUAUUCGGUUCUUCAACCAAAUAAUAUGCGAUUUCAACGUUACGAUCAUGUUAAUGAAAGGUAAAUCUACGCUUUGUAUACGAUGGAUUGAGAAAUUGUACUGAUCAUGUAAUGAUAUUUUAUGCAUCAUGGAAGUUCUCCCUUUCGAAUCGACAGGGAUUUUAUGUAAUGGCCGGAUCGAUAAUACUCCAUCGAUAACCAUUAUGCUUCAACAACAAUGGAUUAAACAUUCUCCUAUCAGAGAUAAUCAAUUUUUCGAUUCGUAAAUAUUUCGCCUUUCCCACUGGCAAAUUAAUUUGAUCAAUAUUGGUGAGGAUAAGGCAUGUGGCUCUUUCAAGAGCAAUAAUUUAUUUAUUAAACGCAUUUUAUUUCUAAAACUAUAUAAUUACAACUGCAAAAUGAAGAAAGCACUCGUAUGGGGAAACAAUAAAGGUAUUUAUAAAUGUAAUAUAAUAUUACCUUCGUAGAAAGAUACCACGGUUUUUUUCAAAUUUUACCUUUGAUCCUGCCACGUAAAAUCUUUGUAACUGAUAUAACGAGAUCCAAAGAAAACACUAUGUAACGUUUUGUGUAAUGUAAUAUUUAAAAACCCAUUAUUAGAAAAGAAUUAUCUACGUGCUCCUGUUUUAUAUUAUAUCCAGGACGUUUGAAAUGCAGACUUACAGUUACCUUGUAAUCUUAUAUUUUGCAUAUUAAGGUAAUUUUUUGCGAACAAAUAAACAUUAAUAAUUUGUUUAUGGCAUCGUUUCUUGUAAAAUGCAUCUUUGUACAUGAGAAUGUAGUUAUCAUAUCCUUGAUUGAAGAGAAAUGUAAUCAGAGUAUGAUAUUGUUACAUAAAAAAAUUACUAUAAAGCAUCUAUGUAAUUUAUAAGUGAAAUUUUUGAGUUGCCUUUCGGACACCUUGGAUUUUUCAUGUUUCAGUAUAUCCUUUCUUUCAUAUGUCCAAAAUUUUACAAAUUCAAAUUGACCCAUCAAAGACGGAUACGAUAGAUGGACACAAGGUUACUUUGACCUGUAACAAUGUCAUAAUUGUAUACAAAGCUUAAAAUACAUUUAAACAUAAAGUAAGUACGUAUACACGCUGAAAAAAGUACAUAUGCAAAUAUACAAUUUAUACUGCAAAAUGACAGAGCAUUCGGUAUGCGUGUGAAGGUUAAAAUUAAAUUUAAAGCCCAAAUCGUGCGUUAAGUCAAUAAAAGUUAAUUAAUCCUCAUACACUGAAUGCCAAGUUAUUUUGACUCUGUAUGUAUUGUAUAAUUCGGUAUGGAUUAAAGUCUCUGUAUUUAAAGUGUGAAGGAGGUUAACCUAUGCACUCCUAAUAGCAGCUCAUUUUGAUUCACUAUGUAUUGUAUACUGGGUCAAAAUGACCCUGCUUUUUGGGUGCAACGGUUAAGAUAGAGGCCAUUUUGGUGAAAAAA